AUGUCUCCUCAUGCUAUCUCAUCACCAAGAGAGGAAGCUGUCACAGAAGCAGGUUACCUAAAAAAAUUCGCCAUUACAGACAAUGGAUUUCUACCAUCUGAGGCACCCUUGAAGUGCCUAUCUCAUCCCUACUAUGCGCCGUGGGAGCGGGUUAUUCAUAAUCUGCCUUCCUUAUUGGAGUCCCAAAAGUUCCAUGAUCAAGUUAGACAACUCCCAGUGCUAUCAACGACGAAAUUGACAUCCGAAGCCGAAUGGCGCCGAGCUUAUGUCAUUCUCACCUUCUUGAACCAUGGUUGGGUCUGGGGCGGAGAUAAAGCUCAUGAGAUUCUCCCUCCAGCAAUUUCCAUCCCUCUUCUCAGCGUGUCCGAUCACCUCGAACUGCCACCAGUAACAACCUACGCAGGCCUAAAUCUCUGGAACUUCUCCAGUCCCAUCACUAAUUUUACCGAUCUCGACCGCCUCGAAGUCCUUCACACCUUCACCGGCACACGAGACGAAGCAUGGUUCUAUCUAGUCUCCGUCGCCAUGGAAGCCGAAGGUGCACAGAUCGUCUCCUCCAUGCUCUCCGCGCUUAGCGUUAUCACUUCUCGCGACUACGAUACCGUGACGGGUUCUCUCGAGUCUCUGACCGGGAGCAUCCGUAAAAUAGGUACGCUGCUCGAGCGCAUGUAUGAAAAGUGUGACCCCAUGGUUUUCUUCUAUAAGAUCCGACCGUUUCUGGCUGGCAGCAAGAACAUGGCAGCCGCAGGACUGCCGAAGGGUGUAUUCUAUGACGAGGGAGAUGGAAAGGGGGAGUGGCAGCAACUGCGGGGAGGAAACAACGGGCAAAGCUCAUUGAUCCAGUUCAUCGACAUUGUUCUCGGGGUCGAACACAUCUCUCACGGCGACAGCACGCCGGAUACGGCGACGCGUCGGGAAAAGGAGACACAGAACAAGGAGCCAUCCACUUUCCAUCAACAGGUCCGAGAGUACAUGCCCGGGCCUCACCGACGAUUCUUGGAGCACGUUGCGCGCAUGGGAAGCAUCCGAGAGCUGGCUCUUGUGCCACCCAAGACGCCAGAGCAGGAAAGACUGAGGGAUGCGUACCAAGCCGCGACGAGGACCUUGACGGAAUUCAGAAAUAAACAUCUCCAAAUCGUAACGAGAUACAUCAUCUUACCAUCUAAGCGCGGGAACAAUACUGAAACAAAAACAUCACAGGGGCAUGGUGACAAGGUCGACUUGGCGAGUGUGUCCAAGUCAACCAAGGAUACGACUGAGCUAACGGGUACCGGAGGAACAGCUUUGAUGCCUUUCCUUAAGCAGACAAGGGACGAGACCAUACAGGCGGGAGACUUGACUAAGCGGACUUGA